CAGCAGCGGGCGGGCCGGGGGCAGGCCCGGAGGCGCGGGGCUGGAGCCGCCAAAGGGCCGGGAGCGGCGGGGUUGGGGUCCCGGUAAUGGAGGGGGGGGACACCGGGAGUGGCGGUGCUGGGACUGGGGGAGCGGAGAGCGGCGGAACCGGGGGGAGCUGGAGGCCGAAGCGGGGAGGGGUUUGGAGCUCUCAGAGCGGCGGUACCGGAGCGGUUUGGAGCCGGUACCGGGGCGAGCUGGAGCCGCUACCGGAGGGGUUUUGGGGCCGGUACUGGCGGGAGCUGCAGGCGGAACCGGGGGGGGUUUGGAGCCGGUACCGGGGGGGUUUGGAGCGUUCGGAGUGCCGGUACCGGGGCCGCAGGGAGCGGCAGCAGCGGGAGCGCAGAACCGAGGGGAAGGCGGGCAGUUUGGAACCGGUACCGGGGGGGGUUGGCACCUCCGGAGCCCCGGUGGCGAUCCCGGGCAGGCUCCGGUGCCGGUGCCGGUGUGACCGCCCCGUCCCUUCCCGUUCCGCAGAAGCGCUGGGGCCGCUGAAAACCGAACCGCAGCCCCCGGAAAAGCGGCGGAGGACGAUCGAGGACUUCAAUAAGUUCUGCAGCUUCGUGCUGGCCUACGCCGGGUACAUCCCGGCGACCGCCGAGGUAACCGGGGAGGCACCGGGAGGGCACCGGGGGUUACCGGGAGCUACCGGGGAAGCACCGCGAGGGCCGGGGAAGCACCGGGAAGGUCGCGGAGGCAUCGGGAGGGAUCGCGUGGGCAACGGGAGGGCACCCAAGGUCUGCGGGAGGUACCGGAGGGGCCACCGGGAGAAUACCGGGAGUUACCGGGAGGUACCGGAGGGGCACCGGGAGGUCGCGGGGAAGCACCGGACGGGGGUUUAAAGGGGCGGGAGGUCUUUUAGGGGGGUCCCGGG